AGCAGCCAGAGCACGGAGCUGGGCGACCUCACGGACUUGGAUGCUGUGAAGAGCGUUGUUUUUAUUGACAGUACUUGGCAGCAGAGCAAGGCCAUUGCGCGUGACGAGCGCUUAUGCAGGUUUAAACAUGUUCGCAUCAAAUCCCAGACCUCGCUCUUUUGGCGAUUUCAGAAUAAUGAUCCUACCUACUUGGCGACGGUGGAGGCCAUCUACUACUUUCUGCGGGAGUUUAUUGUGAACAAGAGACAGCGCAGCGCAGAGGACUCGACACCGCCGUUGUACCGGGGGGAGGUGGACGAUUUGCUCUUUUAUUACAUCAACCAGUACAUUGCGGUGCAGCAGCGCUAUAGUCACAAUGCCACGAUGCAGUACACGACGCGACACUUUGACGGUUAUAUUCUUCCUAGCAGCUGCUGGGACGAACUUGUGGCUUUCCCUCAGCUGCUGCCGGACUCUAACGCAGGCAACGCUUCUUGA